AGAGGGAAAUUGGGAAAAAGAAACAUAGUUUUUGGUCAUUUGCGCUUCAAACUCUCUAAUAAACCCCUCAAAGUUCUUGCAACUACAAGCACUAUAGGUGUUCAUAAUUUAAUUCAUAAGAGGAAGUUCAGACUCAUUUAACUGAUUUUUAUUCUUCAGGGAUACAGAAUGGCUAUCAACUCGAAGACGGAAUUGCCGGGAGAUAGACUGAAUUCGAGAGCACUCAACUUGCACAACAUGUCAAAGAAACCUGUUGCAUCAAUCAGCAAACAACAGACUCCACUUGAUCUCUUACGCAUACUAUAUGAGGGAGCUAUAGCUGGAGCUGCUGCUGGUGUUGUUGUAGAAGCUGUUCUGUAUCCAAUUGAUACAAUUAAAACUCGACUACAAGCAGUUCGUGGUGGGGGACAAAUCGUUUUUAAAGGUCUUUAUUCAGGAUUGGCUGGAAAUCUUGCUGGUGUCUUACCUGCGUCGGCAAUAUUUGUUGGUGUAUAUGAAUCUACCAAGAGAAAAUUGCUGGAGAGCUUCCCUGAAAAUCUUAGUGCCUUGGCUCAUUUGACUGCAGGUGCUAUAGGCGGAGCUGCUUCUUCUAUUGUCCGUGUACCCACUGAGGUAGUUAAGCAAAGGAUGCAGACUGGCCAAUUUGCUACUGCCCCUGAUGCAGUCCGGCUAAUCGUUGCUAAGGAAGGGUUUAGAGGCCUUUAUGCUGGUUAUGGUUCUUUUCUACUACGAGAUUUACCUUUUGAUGCAAUCCAGUUUUGUUUAUACGAGCAACUGCGGAUCGGAUAUAAGUUAGCUGCAAGAAGGGACCUUAAAGAUCCUGAGAAUGCAAUGAUUGGUGCCUUUGCAGGUGCAAUAACCGGAGCCAUAACUACUCCCCUUGAUGUGAUAAAAACCAGAUUGAUGAUUCAGGGUUCAGCAAAGCAGUAUGAAGGCAUUUUGCAUUGUGUUAGCAGUAUUGUAAAAGAAGAAGGAGCCUCCACUCUUUUUAAGGGAAUGGGACCAAGAGUACUUUGGAUAGGUAUUGGAGGAUCCAUAUUUUUUGGUGUUCUUGAAAGGGUAAAGCAACUAGUUGCUGCUAAAGACCGUGUUGAUUAAAAUUUGAAUCCUUCGAAAUUGUUCUAUCUUUUUGUGGAAGGUAAUUGUUGCUACAAGACCAGAAAUAGUUUUCUUGAAAAUUAUGGUUGGCUGAACCCUGUUACAAAACAAAGGGGUAUGGCAUUAUGAAAUUGUAGGCGACGCAACAUGGGCCGGGGAAUGUUGAGCCACGGCCCAUGGGAUUAGUGUAAUGCAGGAAAAUUUGGAUCAUUUUGCAGUUUGCCUUUUCCUUUUUCGUUUUCUUCCACAUUUUUAUUCUCAGACCUUUUUCAAUAUUCUUUGUAUUUUUUCUUUGGUGUAUUCUUCCAUUCACUUUGUCAUUUAUCGGGGAUUUUGUAUUUGUUGAGUUUCUCCAUAAAUCUAUUCAUUUUAAAUUC